AUCCUCACUCUGUGCUGCCAGCAGGCUGACUCCCACUCCGUACUGUAGUAGUAUGGAGGGAGGGGAAAGCAAUGGAGCUAUCUUUUUCAGCUGGCUAGUUUCCUUAGCACCUGCCCUUGAAGGCCUGGAUAGAUGUGACUCAGCCCGCGUGCUCCUUCUCCGCCGACCGCCUCUCCUCUUUGUUUAGGUUUUUUACAUUUUUGACAUUUUUUCCGUCCUUGUUUUCCACGGAGAGAAGCAGGCGCUCUCCCCGGCCAGGAGGCUCAGAUGGGAGGUGCUGCUGUGCGGGGAGGCUCGUCAUGCUGAACGGAGGCAGAGAGGGCCUGUUCGAGCUGGGCAGGCAGCUCCAGAGGCAGGGGGAGCCCCAGGCCGCCCUGCACUGCUUCCUCAGCUGCCUGCUGGGGCUGACGCACGUGCAGAGCUUCCACUCGCUGCCCAACUGCCUGCACCAGAUUGCAGAACUCUUCAUCGAGGAAAAAAAUUAUGUGAAGGCACUCCAGUUCAUCCAGGCUGAGAAGAUGUUCUACGAGGUGGCGUUGCUCGAACUCACUGCUCUUCAGGGGAGCGCUGGUCCUCAGGAGACGACUUCGCUGGGAUCGGCGGGAUGGGAGUCUUCGAAGGAGCUAUCGGAGCAGGCCUCUCAAGCUCAGGACUAUGAGAGACUCGCCCAGGUGUGCAUCAUGAGCAAAAGACCACAUCUUGCUUUAGAGUACAGCGGCAAGGCCACUAAAAUCAGACAGAAAGCCUUUGGCAAUGACCACCCCAUCACAGCCAGGAGCCUGGAGCUCCUGGCGUCUGUCUAUGCUGAGAUAGGCAAGACCGAGUACACAGACUCUCUGGGCCAGUGUGUUUCGGUGCUGUCCAAGAGAUUUACUACAACGGAUACGUUCAGCGACGCACUCAAUGGCGUCCCGCCAACCCACCGGGAGAGACGCUCCGAGGUCCGACACCACCACAGGAAGGACCCCCAUCCUCAACAGGAAGUCUCCAAGCACAAGACCAGCAGCUGUAAAAUCCCCACCUCCAUUUUGAAGAGGCCCAACUGCAGUAGUGUGGACUCCGAGCUGACAUACCGGCGGAAACCAGAGCGACACGUUCGCUUCAGGGAGCCAGAACUUACUGUACAUGACAUUCCAAACUAUGACUAUUUAGUAGCAUACGACGCAUCCCCAAGCCGCCCCCACCUGGCCCUCAUCACCUGCCUGUUCCUGCUGCUCUCCGUCCUCGGGGUGGUGCUGUACUGCUCAGACCGCAGGCGGCCACAGCGUGUGUGUGAGGAGCUGGAGGGCGUGUUGGCCGUUUACCUGCUGCAGAUGAAGCAGGUGGUGUGGGGCUGCUGGAUAUGGUUAACCAUGCAGUGACAGAGGCCAGCCAUAGGUGGAGCUCUAGAGCGCUUCUUCCACCGCUUUGCAAGUCUUCACAUGGUCGUUGCCUCUUACACAAGCAUUGCAUCCUCACUGUUUAGUUACGGUGCUGAAACACGCAUCCUAAAAUCUAGCACUGCGCUUACUUAUACUGAUAUAUAGACGUAUGUUAUCAGCGUCAUGUAGCACUCACCCAGCUGUGUAAAUAAUUUUAGGUCAUUUGAAUGCCUUGUUUAUGUUAUUCAGGUCUUUAGCACCUUUGUAACGUGGCCAGUUUUCUCACCAUAAUCUCUUGUACAUUUUAGGGUACCAUCAAUGUGGGUGAAUGUUUCCAUGGCAUCCAAAAUAUUUUAUUACAAUUAAAUGUGUUACAUUCACAUUUUAAUAUUUGAAAAAAAUUACAGGCCUUCAAUACAGUUUAGCAUACAGAUAAAGUAAUGAAAGGCCAAUCACAAAAUUGACAUUGUUAAUGCAAAUAGAGCAGUGGUCUCCAACCCUGGUCCUGGAGAGCUACAGGGUAUACUGGUUUUCAUAGUGACUCUGCACUUCAUGAAUCAAUUACAGCAGUUGAUUACAUAGUUAACUCAACUCACCUGGU